AAGCGACACUGCAUGGCUCCUUUAUUUUAUUAGUUUCUCAGCUGCCACGGCAGUAAAUUCAGAAUCUUUCCUUGCACUUUCUCAGCAACCAAACAGAGUCUUGAGUUUAACAGCCUUAAUUCUAUUAGUUUCUACUGUCCACUAGCUCAUUAUUAUGUUUCUGCUGCUGGCACAAGUAGCCUCCUUUUAGGCCUCUUUUUUUGGAGUCUCUCAUCAUCACACUUUAGACUUGAAGCUAUGGACUCUGCUGCUUCUCAUGACCUAGAGAAGCCACUCCUUGUCAAUGAUUUGCCGGUUCUGAAAAGAAGGAGUCAUGCAAGAGAUGUUCAUAUUCUCAGCUGUGCUUUCUUGUUGAUCUUUCUUGCUUUUGGUGCAACUCAAAACCUAGAGAGCACUCUCAUCACUGAGAAGAACUUGGGUACCACUUCGCUUGGAAUUUUGUAUCUAUCUUUCGCAUUUUUCUCUUUGGUGGCAUCCUCAGUGGUUCGAUCACUGGGUUCAAAGAACUCUUUGAUCCUUGGCACCACUGGCUACUGGUUGUUCAUAGCUGCACAUUUAAAACCAACCUGGUGUAUAAUGGUUCCAGUUUCUCUGUACCUUGGAUUUGCCUCUGCAAUAAUAUGGGUUGAGCAGGGGACAUAUCUAACUGCUGCGGCACGCAGUCAUGCCAGAGAUAAUGGCUUGCAUGAAGGAACUAUUAUUGGCAACUUCAAUGGAGAAUUUUGGGGAAUGUUUGCAUGUCGCCAGUUUGUUGGAAAUCUUUUACCACUUGUCUUGCUCAGAGGUGGAACGGAGGGAAAUCCAAGCAAUACGACGCUAUUGUUCACUGUGUUUCUCUGCAGUAUGACCUUAGGUACCAUACUGAUGUGCUUCUUAAAUAAAAGGGAUGAUGAAGAAGAGAAGGACCCCCAUAAUGCUGAAUCUCUCAGCUUAUAUGCUUCUCUGUCAUCUUUGUCAAAGUCAAUCGUCGCUCCCAUGUUUGAUGUCCGGAUGCUAUUGAUCAUCCCCCUUAUGGCCUAUACAGGAUUACAACAAGCAUUCGUAUGGGCUGAAUUCACCAAGUAUAUCGUUAGUCCAAUGCUCGGUGUGUCAGGUGUGGGUGGUGCAAUGGCAGUUUAUGGGGCUUUUGAUGCAGCAUGUUCACUCAUUGCCGGCCGCCUUACCUCCGGUCUCAAGUCCAUCACUCUUAUCGUUUCUGGCGGAGCUUUUGUUCAGGCUGUCAUAUUCCUCUGGCUUCUUCUAUGUUACAGCCCAUCAAGUGGAAUACUUGGAACCAUAAACCUUCUCAUAAUGGCAGCUCUAUUAGGGAUUGGUGAUGGAGUUUUCAACACACAGCUCAGUGCUCUGAUUGGAAUAUUCUUCAAGGACGAUAUGGAAGGAGCAUUUGCACAGCUCAAGGUGUGGCAGUGUAGUGCUGUUGCACUCAUCUUCUUCAUCAGUCCAUACAUCUCAUUGCAAGCAAUGCUGGUGCUUAUGCUGUCUGCAGUCUGCCUCUCGUACACCGCCUUCGUUUACCUAUCCCAGCAAGGAGAAAAAGCACUCUCACUUCAAGUUCAGGUUCAAGUUCAGGCUCAGGUUCAUGAUGUGUGCACAUGAAUGAAAACAUCUUUAAAGAGAAUUGUGUCAUAGGCAUAGCCAUACAAGUUUUUGUACUUUUUUUUAUGUUGGUGCUGUCUCUAAAGACCAUCCCCUCUGUUGUUUCUAAAACUAAUGGAAAUGACCAUUAUACCAUCACACACACACCACCAUACUGUUGACAAGCACUCAGAAUUCGGUUCAAGUCCACUUCAAGAGGAUGGACUUCUAAUUUUCCAAUUUUUGUUCUCUUUUAUGCUUUUGUUUCCACUUAUAAAGAUCUAUUUAUGAACUGUUUCUCUUUCAAGUCUAUUGGGAGACAAAUAAAAUUGAACUGAUUCUCUUUCAA